AUGCUUCUUCAGGCCCGUUUGCGCUUGACGAAUCUCCUACGUCCCUCCCAGUCCUCGUUGCAGAAUACGGAACAGUCCACACAGGCAAACCCCAAGAAUCACGGAGCUGUAAUCAAAACACCCCAAUCAAAGAAAUGUAAUCUCGGGCUCCUGGAAAUCUACUCUGGAACUGAUCCUGUUGCCGAUAUCGUUGCCAUCCACGGCCUGCAAGGACAUAGAGAGAAGACGUGGACAUCAGAUGACGCAAUCUCGUGGCUACGUGACCUCUUGCCUACCGAUAUACCAAACGCCCGAAUCCUCACGUACGGUUAUGACGCCGACACCCGCAGUAAAGAAUGCGUAUCAACCCUGACAAUGCGUCGGCAUGCCAAAGCGCUAGCACAGGCACUCUCACGUGAACGGAAAGACGCUCCUCGCCGUCCCAUCGUUUUUGUUGCGCACGACCUAGGAGGUAUCAUUCUCAAAUGGGCUCUCGUUAUCUGCCACAAUCAGAGUUUGACGUCCAAGGGGGACCUCCGUGACGUUCUCGUUUCCACACAUGCAAUCCUAUUCUUUGGGACACCGCACUCUGGUCUCGAUAGCACGAGCGUCCUUGAAGCAAUCAAUCGUCUGGCAUCGGCGUACAUGGAAACGACAGACAUCGUCCUCAAGGAUCUUCAACCCAACUCAGCUGAGCUCGAGAACAUACAAAGUCUGUACCUCGCGGCGAGCGAAAAUAUCAGUAGUAUCUUCUUCUGCGCGGAAUAUGCGACAUCUGGUAUUGGGAAUCGAGAAGACUUGAAUGUCUCAUAUCACUCGGCCACUAUACCUGGCGACCGCAACGCGACGACAAUCACCCUUCAUGCGAAUCACCGCGAUUUAGUUCGCUUUGCAUCCAAGGAGGACGACAACUAUAAGACGGUUCAUCAUCACCUCAAGGACUAUGUCGACAGCGCGUCUGCUGCGGUGCAGGAAAAGUGGAUCACAGAGGACAGCUGUCGUAGCGCGGCGAAGCGAGAGCCUGUUUCUCUGAAGCUCAUAAUGCCAAAGCCAUGCCCACCAGUGUCAAGAAGCUACAUUGAGCGAAAGAAGAUUCACUCGUUCAUCACACAGAAGCUGCGUCCAGACGGUUCCGUGAAACACCAAGCACGGUGUGUGUUAUAUGGGAUCGGGGGGUCCGGCAAAACUCAACUGGCAACGAACUGGAUUCGGGAGCAUGAAUCUAGCUUUACUCGGGUGAUUUUUGUCGAUGCCUCUAGCCAACCGCAAAUCGAAGCAGACCUGGAACAAUUCGCUCGCUCCUUGGGCCGAGAGUAUAGCAAGAUGACUUGGCAGGAUACAGUCGCCUACCUUGAUUGCAAGGAAAAAGGCUGGUUGCUGUUCAUCGACAAUGCCGACUCAUCAGACCUCAACCUCCAUCCAUACCUACCCACUACUGCUCAUGGGUCUAUUUUGAUUACAACAAGGAAUACCGAAUGCGUCGGCUACGCUCCGGAUGGCGCAAUUCCUGUUGGCGGUCUUGAGGAGAAAGAAGCAGUGGAUCUUCUUCAUAAAAUUGCCAAUGUCUCGCCUACGUCCGACGCCGGAUCUAUCGAGAUCGUCCGCGAGUUGGGGUUGCUAGCACUCGCGAUCACCCAAGCGGGAGUAUACAUUCGCAAGACGCGGCGGGUCGACACGUAUCUUGAGUCGCUCCAGAAGCACCGAGAUCAGCUUCUGCGCAAACAGCCCGAUAUCGGCAACGAGUACACAUACUCGAUAUAUACCGCCUUCGAUCUGUCAUUCCACGGCUUGCCAGCAAAGUCACAAGAUUUUCUCAAGAUUUGCGCAUUCCUCCACUAUUCCCUUAUACCGAUUGCUUUAUUUAGGCAGUCAAUGAAGUCCGGAUACAGGACGGAGAAAAAUAUGGAGAAUAGUCUUCCUCCAGAGUGUGACCAACCGGUUAUCUCAGCCCUUCAGAAGAUUCUAGGCAGAGCUUGGGAUGAGGUUGAAUUCCAAGAGAUCGUCGACCCUGCAUCCCGUGCGUCAUUCGUAGACGUUUCGAUUGAUGGACUAUUCUACACCGUCCAUCCUCUUCUUCAGAUGUACAUCAAGGACUGCAUUGGUAAAGAGGAGAGUCAACGCUAUGCACGCAUGACGAUCCAACUAAUACUCGGUGCUAUUCGACCGCCGUCGGAUGGUAGUAAUGUGCUGCAUUGGCAAUUGCUUCCGCACGCCAACAAAAUCCCUCGCUCGGUUCAGUUGGAGAUUAGCUCACAUGCAUUGAACUUCUACUGGCUUUACCAUAGUGUGGGUGACUGGGCGGCCUGCCAAGAGCUCUUAGAGCCUCUCCUUUCCCAAAGUCAGCAGAGCUAUGGUAAAACGGACCCACUCUCAAUGUGGUUGAUUGGCCAACUUGGCAACGUGUUACGGAGCUCUGGUCAGUUGGACAAGGCAGAAGAGGUAAAGCAAGAAGUUGUCGCUCUACGGCAAUAUAUCAAUCGCAACAGGGGCCAAUACGCUACUGUGAUAACGAGCGACAUCGAGAGUAUUUGGUACAAGUGUCUUCAGUUGCAGGAGGCUGAACAGAGUGAGCGAGCGCUACUUGCCUUGCGGCGGGAUAUCUUUGGACAGCGGCACCCAAAAACUCUCGAAGCUUCAUACAAUCUCUCCUUGACAUUGUAUGAAUUUCAAAAAAUUGACGAAGCCGCAAAGCUGCUGCAGGAGACUAUGGAAUUACGCGCUCAGGUCUUUGGUAAAGACCAUCCUCAUACCCUGAAGUCGAAGCAACUUCUCAAACGCAUCGUUUUAAAGCAAUAUCUCCGAUACCUCGAUUCCCCAAUCGCGUAUUUCGUCUGUGCUCUUCCGUUUAUCCCCAUUAUCAGAUGGUGGUGGCGAUUUCAGGCCAGUAACUGGGAAAGGUGUGGGCGUGCAAGCAUGUUCCCUAUCACCUGUCUACUAUGCGUAGCAUGGAAAUCCAGCCGCUUCGGAGAUGGAUCGUAG